CGCUCACAUUCCUCAGUUUGACCUCUGACCUCGUUUGUUGCUCCAUUCCUGCAGAACCAGAACCAGAACCAGCAGAACCUCCGGCCCGGUCCAGACCAGAACCUCCAGAACCCCCCCGCCCCCAGCUCCAGGCCCGGUUCCGGUCCAGUCCAGCAGCAGAACCCCCGGUCCCGCAGAACAGCCCGGUUCCGGUCCAGUCCAGAGCCUGUAGAACCGAACCCUCAGAACCAGAACCACCAGGACCGGUACCGGUACCAUGAAGGACAAGCAGAAGCGGAAGAAGGAGAGGACGUGGGCGGAGGCGGCUCGCAUGGUUCUGGAGAACUUCUCUGACGCUCCCAUGACUCCCAAACAAAUCCUCCACGUCAUCCAGACCAAGGGCCUGAAGGAAAUGAGUGGGACGGCGCCCCUGGCCUGUCUGGUCACCAUGCUGCACUCCCAGGUUCGGGGGGACCGAGUCAAGAACAGCAUCUUCUUCAAACUCCCUGGACGGAUGAGCCUCUUCACCCUGAAGAAGAACGCCCUCCAGUGGACCAAGACCACGUCAGAGGUCUCAUCAGAACCAGCGGGCAGCGCCGCCCUGCAGGGGUCCAGCGGUGCAGCAGGAUCCAACCCGGGCCCCGGAGACUCCACCGAGGCCAACGAGCAGGAGAGCUGCGACUCCACGGAGACGGUGGUGGCCACGAUCAUGGACAACGACGCGUCGGUGGAUGAGAGUUCGUCCAGCGCCUCCUGCUCCGCAGAGCUGCAGAGCUCCUCCACCCCCACCUCCCAACCCCAGACCCGCCUGAGCCGGGCGGCCGUGCAGCAGGGUCGCCUGGAGGCCCAGCAGGCCCAGCACGCCCAGACCAGGCUGAGCCGGUCCAGACAGUCGGGGAGGCAGAGGAAGAAAGCCGUCAUGAUGCCCCGCGUCGUCCUCACGCCUCUGAAGGUCAACGGAGAGCACGUCCCCUCAGGACCCAUGAAAAGGAGUCGAGGAGGCGUGGACGUGGACUUUGAGACUCCGGGUUCCAUCCUGGUCAACACCAACAUCAGGGCGCUCAUCAACGUUCGGACCUUCUCAGCCUUCCCCUCCCACUCCCAGCAGCAGCUGCUGCAGCUGCUGCCAGAGGUGGACCGACAGAUCGGACCUGAUGGAAUGGCCCGACUGAGCAGCUCGGCCCUGAACAACGAGUUCUUCACCCACGCGUCGCAGAGCUGGAAGGAGAGGCUGGCUGAGGGGGAGUUCACCCACGAGAUGCAGGUUCGCUUCCGCCAGGAAAUGGAGAAGGAGAAGAAGGUGGAGGCGUGGAAGGAGAAGUUUUUCGAGGAGUACCACGGACAGAAGUCCGGUCUGACCCCCGAGGAGUCCCUGAAGCUGACCAUGAGCGAAGCCAGCGACGUCGCGGUGCUCGAGAGCGACGUUGCCGUGGUUGCGAGCGGCGGCGCCCCCAAGAGGCGGAGCGUGGGCCGGCGGAGGAGGGACGGCCGUAUGAGGAGACGUACGCGGGCCGACCUGCGGCGCCGGGCCCGCCGGACCCUCUGCAAGGCCCCCCCGGCCGCCCUGCCGGCCACAGAAACCCCGGAGGACGAGCCGGCCCUGGACACGUCGGCCGUCUCCACCGUGUCCACCGUGUCGGUGGACUCGCCGGCCUGCAGCAGCCCGGCGGUGCAGGCCGAGGUCGUUCUCCAGGCCAUCUGUGGCGUGGAGCUGCCCGAGGAGACCCCCCCAACAGAACUGAAGCCCCCUUCCACCCCAGAACCGGUGGCCCUGCCGCCCCCCACCCCGGCCCCCAGUCCCAGCCCCAGCCCCGCCUCCACCAGCGCCACAGAGGAGCCUGAGGUCGCCGAGGAGCCCGAGGAGCCCGAGGAGCCCGAGGAGCCCGAGGAACCCGAGGUCGCAGAGGAGCCCGAGGUGGCCGAGGUGGCCGAGCGCCUGCUGGCCAAGGAGGAGGCGGCGCCCGUUCUGGCCUCCACCACGUCCCCGUCGUCGUCCUCCUCCUCCUCGUCCUCGUCCUCCGCCUCCUCCCCUGCUUCCUCCACCUCCUCGCCGGACAGACAGGGGCCCUUCGGAGCCCCGGGCCUGGACUCUUCCUCCUCCUCCUCCUCGGCCUCGUCCAGCACCGCGGUUCCCGCCGACCCCCUGGACGACGCCGCCUCCGCCGUCACCUCCGUCACCGGCGGCACGGCCACCACCAGCAGCCGGGAGAGCAGCCCGCCGGGCAGCCCGGCCCCCACCCGGGGCCCGGGGCUCAGCCCGGCCCCCACCCGGGGCCCGGGGGGCCCGGGGCUCGGCGCCCAGACCAAGGAGCAGAAGAGGAGGCAGGACCAGGCCCAGGCCCCCCCCAGCUUCCCCGAGAAGAGGCCCCGACUCGACAGCCGUCAGUCCUUUCGUACCACAAUCGACGGUGUCUGUUCAGAGAAGCCGCAGCCGACAACCGAGGAGCCCAAGGUGCCACCGAUCCGGAUCCAACUGUCCAGAAUCAAACCCCCCUGGGUCAAGGGCCACCCCACCUACCAGAUCUGCCCCCGCAUCGUGCCCCCCGGCGAGGGCUCGCGGCGGUCGGGGACGGGGGGCGCGCGGACGCUGGCGGACAUCAAGGCCCGCGCCCAGCAGGCCCGCGCCCAGCGGGAGGCCGCUGCUGCUGUCGCGGCCGCCGGCGACGGCGCGGCGACCGGUGUCCGGCUGCGGCCUGCUGCUGGGCUACCGGCUAGCAGCGGCGGGACCCGACGAGAGCACCCGGGACCCGUCGAGCCCGGAGGAGACGGAGACGGAGGAGGAGGAGGAGACGGAGGAGGAGGAGGAGGAACAGGAGGAGGAAGAGAGGGAGGUGCUGCGGUGGAGGAGCAGGACCAGGGACCGUCUCCGGACCCUCAUCCGUCUGGAACACAACUACAGCUUUCCAACGUAGAACUGCCGCCCUCGCAGCCGUCGCCCUCCUCCUCCAGCACCUCCACGUCGCCGGGGUCCCCGCGGGCCCCUAGUCCUGGUCUAGAGGCGUCCCCCCAGCCCCCCAGUCCGGGUCUGGACGGGGCCUCCAGGGGGACGAAGGUCGGGGAGGAGACGGAGGAAGUGUCGGCGGCGGUGCAGAGCUCCUCCGGCGAGUCCUCGGACCCGGACGCCACGCCCAAGUCCUCGGAGUCGGCCGGGCAGCAGCCUCCCCCCAACCCCCCGGCCCCCCCGAAGGGGGACCGGCCCCCGCUGACCCAGACCUCCAUCCCCGACUCCCUGCCCCGGUUCGGGGCGCAGGGCGUGGACGUCAUCCAGACUCUCUCUAGUCACACCAAAGACCCGGACAAGAGGAAGGAGGCGGGGCUGGGGGGCGGGAUCAUCCAGCACGGCUCCCACUCGGCCGUGGCCCCCCCCCAGACCGGCGCGGCCCCCCAGGAGCCCCCCACCGACCGGGACGACGAGCUCAGCACCCACAGCGACUCCACGGAGACGGCGUCGGACUGUGAGGACGAGACGCAGCAGAGCCGCUACCAGGACUGGGGCCCCCAGCUGACCCCCCCCCAGCGGAAGGGCCCCCUGGUCAUCUGCAGCCCCCCCCCCUCCCAACAGCAGCCCGUCAUCCAGGCCCACGUCUCCGGCCGCCACGGCCAGACCGUCAUCCAGCCCUGCUUCCCCAACGGCCUCCCCCCCGCGCCGCUGCACCCCCACCCCCACCUGCACCCCCCCACCCUCCCGCGGGGGCUCAGAGACGCUCACGUGGUGGUGAAGGUGGAGCCCGAGGAGGCGGAGGAGGUCCGCGGGCCCCACAAGGCCACCGUCAUCGCCUCCAAGCGGCCGGGCGGCUCCGGCGGCCGGCCGGUGUCCAGCGUGGAGGCCAACAACCCGCUGGUCACGCAGCUGCUGCAGGGCAGCCUCCCCCUGGAGAAGGUGCUGCCCCCGCACCCGGCCAGCCGGCUGGAGAUCAGCCGGCUGCCCAGGCUGCCGGGGUCCCCGGGGGUCCUGGGGGCCCCCAGACCCCCCGGGAACCCCGGGGGCCGCGGCAGGCCCCAGAGUCCGGAGUCCAGAGGCUCCUGCCUGGUGGAGCCCCAGCAGGCCCCCGGGGCGGUCCCCGUCAUCACCUCGGUGCCCCCCUCCUCCAAGACCAGGUCCCCCGAGGCCCCGCCGGCCCCCCGGGCCCCCCCGGACCCCACGGAGGGGGUGACCACCAUCAAGGUGAACAUGCGGCCCCCCCCGGUGAAGAGCGAAGGGGGUCGCCCCUCCUGCCAGGCCCUGGCCAAGGCCGGGCCCCCCCUGAAGAAGGAGCCGGGGAACUCUAUGGACGGCUACCUGAGCGGGGGGGCCAUGGAGGGGCUCCUGAACAUGGAAAUGACUCUGGCCCGAAUCGCCAAGAAGGAGCGCGGCGGCGGCAAGGCGCCGUCGCCGCCGUUCCAGCUGUACGGUAAGCUGCCCAAGCCGGGGGGCGUGGGCGGGGCGGUCAGCUACACCGCCAACGUCUCCGUGGUGGACAACGGCGGCUUCUCGCGGGCCGACGGCGUGCUGCAGCUGCGGCCGCGCCACCACCCGGCCCUCAGCAUCGCGGCGUUCGCCGACGCGGCGGCGGCCGACGAGGUGCAGCUCAAGUGCUCGUGCCGCCUCAAGGCCAUGAUCAUGUGCCAGGGCUGCGGCGCCUUCUGCCACGACGACUGCAUCGGCCCCUCCAAGCUCUGCGUGUCCUGCCUGGUGGUCAGAUGAGGGCCACUGAGCGCGCUCAGAACUGUGGGCGGGGCCAGGCCGGGGGGCGGGGCC